GGUCUCCGCUUAUAAAAACCGCCCCCACCCACUCCCUCUCUCUCCAUCUCCAACAACUUGGGCGCGCCCGGCCGGGGUUCCUUCCUAUACGAUAGCAAUACAAUCGCAUCACACCAAGCUCUCUGCUCGCGAUCUGUGCGCCCACCACCACCACCUGACCACCACCACCGUCGGAGCUAGCGAAGAUGCGGAUGAGCUGCAACGGCUGCCGCGUGCUGCGCAAGGGCUGCAGCGACGCGUGCACGAUCCGCCCGUGCCUGCAGUGGAUCGAAACACCCGACGCGCAGGCCAACGCCACCGUCUUCCUCGCCAAGUUCUACGGCCGCGCGGGGCUGCUCAACCUGCUCGCCGCCGCGCCCGACGACGCCGCCCGCCCCGCCGUCUUCCGCUCCCUGCUCUACGAGGCGUGCGGCCGCAUCGUCAACCCGGUCUACGGCUCCGUCGGCCUGCUCUGGUCACGCCAGUGGCACAAGUGCGUCGACGCCGUCGACGCCGUGCUCCGGGGACACCCCGUCGUGCAGGUCGACGCCGGGUCCGCCGCCGCCGCCGCCCCGCCGCUGCUCGGCGGCGGCGGCGCCGGCGCCAGGUCUGCCGCCGCGCCGGCCGCUGCCUACGACAUCCGCCACGUCGUCAAGGAUCCCGACGCUGCCGCCGCCGCUGACCUCCUCCGCGUCGCGCGCGGCGGCCGCAAGAGGUUCAAGCGCGCGGGCUCGUCGUCUGACGCCUCCUCUGAGGGCAAGGUCAAGCCCCUCAAGCCCAAGGCCGAGGCCGGCUGCAACGAGCGCGCGUCGCUGUCGCCCAGCCCUCCUCUGAAGCGGCAAGAACAAGAGGCGGAGGAGAUGGAACCGGUGCCCAUGGUCGUCGAGCUUGAGCACGGCGAGGAGUCAGCCGGCAGCCAUGACCACCACCACCUGCAGCUGCAGCAGGGGUCGUCGGAGGAGGACACCGAUGUGGAGGCGGCCUCCCACGUGAGCCAAGCCGAGGCCGAGCCGCCGGUCAGCAGUCACAGCCAGAGCCAGGUGCUGGUAGCGGCGGAUCAGGAGGAAGAAGAGGAGGUUGGGCUGGAGCUCACGCUCGGGUUCGAGCCGGUCGUCAGGCAGCAGCCGAGGUCUUCCUGCUGCGACCGCAGCGGCUUGAGCGCGGCAUCGAGCCUCAUCGGCUUGCGGCUGCAGCUGCCAGCCGCCUGAGGAGAGCGAGCCACAUCUCAUCUCACCGAACAAAGAGAGCAGUUUUGCGAUCCUGCGGAGUUUUUUCUUUUUUUAAAAAAAAAAAAGUUUUGGACCCCGCGGUGUCAGGAGACAAAUAGCAGCCGACAUCAGAUUUCCUAGGUUUCGUUUAUCUUUUUCAUUUUUUUUUUGGCUGGCUGUAAUUGUAAAGGCUGAUGGACUUGUUUCUUGCGUCCUGUACGGCUGUGCCCAUGUGAUGUACAUGUGUACUCGCUUGUUGGCCAGGAUAUGCGAAGCGUUCGUUACUCUACAUAACUAACAUGAGUGAAUUUCUUGCAAAGUUAAUA